GUCUUGCCGAGUUGGUCUGUUUCAUGGCUGCGCAAAGCAAAGCAGCAGGAGCUUGCCAAACUCUUCCAACAGCACGGAGAGCAAGAGGACGACUUGCUGUGGGCACGGUUUGCGCAGGCGUUGGAGGUGCAGAAGCAGGUGUGCGGAUUACAGGCUAACUCAGACAUUGCAGGCCUCUUCCGCCGUGUCGCCGAGUUGCUGAAAGAUCCCGCCGGGCCGGCGCCGGACGGAGCGCUGAACGCCCUGCGAGCUGCCCUCCGGAAGGAGCAGGCAGUCGUGCAAGAUGGACUGCGAGUGGUGUUACAUCACUUAGAGGUCGGGGCUCGAUGCAUCUUGCUGUCGGACCGCAGGGACUUUUGCAUCGGCAUCCGACAGUUUUUGCGAGAAAACGAGGAUGUCGACGAAGAUCUUGUUGCGGACUGGAGGCCACACAAGGUGGCGUCCCUCUUUCCGCUGAGCCAGAAUGCAGAGCAGCCAUGGUGUGUGGCAGAAGUCACACAUUCGGCGGUGGAUCCAAUGUCAGCCGCUGCGAAUCUUGCUGCCAAGGAGGCGGCCCGCCGAUGGGGGUAA